AUGGCACCCUAUGAUGACUGGAAUACUUUAGAGGAAGAGGAUGAGGAUGAGCUCCAAGACCCAUCGAUGUUCGAAACUAAAAGAGAUGUCAUUCUUUUUUGCAUCGAUUGCUCCGAGUCUAUGUUGGAACCGUAUGACGACCACAAAUAUGAAGAUACUGUCAAAACCUGUCACCUUUACACGGCACUCGAAGCAGCGAUGCAAAUUCAAAAGAAGAAGAUCAUCAUAGGACCCAAUGACUCCGUUGGGAUAAUGCUUUUCAAUACAACAAGGAAAUCAGACGCAAAUAAAAAUCAAGGUUCAGAAAUCAAGAAGGGUACAUAUUUGCUACAACCGAUAUCCCCUCUAAGUGCACCAAAAGUGCAAGAACUCAUGAAGCUACUGAAUGCCGCGCGAGAAGAUCUAGAUGAGUUGAGAAAGGAAUUCCCGCCUCUAACUACAGGCCGAGUUCCGAUGGGCGACGUUUUUACCAGCUGUAACUGGGUGAUACGGGAUGGUGCACCAAAGACCGCUUCAAAGCGCGUCUUUCUAAUCACGGACGAAGAUGAUCCACAUCCCAGCGUCGGGAACAAACAACUAGCCAUCUCAGCGCGCACUACCCUGGUUGACCUCACACAAGCCGGUGUCACGGUAGAACCUUUUUUCAUCGACACAGGGGAGAAAGGGUUUAACCCAUCGAAGUUCUACUCUUCCGUCUUGCUCCCCACAGAUCUUGAAGAUGAUGAAGGACUCCAGAAGGACGAUUCACUUCUCCCAGACUCGAUAUCUAUAUCUCGGAUUGAAGAUCUCCUGUCGCAGAUGCGCCUCCAUGAAGUCCCUAAGCGAGCACAAUUUAGUAUCCCAUUCCAUUUGGCAAAGGGAUUUACAAUAGGAAUCAAAGGAUAUGGUCUGGUGACAGAACAAAAGAAAGGAUCAUAUAAGUAUUUCGCUGACGUCGACAAUGAACUUAAACCCGCGAUAUCUCGCACAAUCUACACCGCUGAGGGAAGCCAGGAAGAAGUUGAUAAGGCAAGGAUCAUGUACGGAGCCGACGUGGGCACGGGGACAGCGAUUGCUGAAGGCGGAGCCGCAAACGACGACGACGAAGAUAACGACGAAGACAUUGCCGGCGGAUUUGGUGCACGCGUUGUCAAGGCUGGGCAACGUCCUGUCUAUACGGCAGAAGAAAUCCGUGCCUUCCGUACUUUGGGACUUGAACCCGGGAUAAAGCUUCUUGGAUUCAAAGACCGUGCCGAGUUGCACCUUGAGGACAAUGUCAAACAUUCUCAAUUUAUUUAUCCCGACGAAAUGUCGUAUUCGGGUAGCAAACGAACCUUUAGCGCGUUGCUCAAAUCUAUGAUCAAGAAGGACAAAAUUGCCCUGGCCCUCUGCCUUACUAGACGGAAUGCAUCCCCUAUCUUUUGCGCAUUAUUGCCACAGGAAGAGAAAGGGGACACAUUUGACUUGGACGACCCAGCUGGAUUCCACCUUAUUCAACUCCCGUUUGCCGACGAUAUUCGAGCGGCGACUGUAGAACAUGGAACGCGGGCGUCAGAGGAGAUGAAGAAUUCCGCUCUAGCAUGGAUAGAUAAACUUACAAUGAAAAAGGGCACCUAUGACCCCGACUCGUUCCCCAACCCUGCGCUUGCGUAUCAUAAUGAGCAACUUCAAGCAACUGCCUUCGAAGAAGAUUAUGAUCCAGAUUCAUUCGAGGACUUAACAGUACCAAAAUUUGAGGCGAUGCACAAGCGCGCCGGUAAGCUGAUGAAAAAUUGGAAACUCACUUUAGCGCAAGAUCCUUCCACUGAGGUGGUCAUCGCCGCUACGGGGUCGAAACGCAAGGCGGAUGUUGCUGUCAGUGAAGAAGAGCUCAGGAGCUUGUAUGAUAACGGCUACCUUGCCAAGUUACGCGUGGAUCAAUUGAAGGACUUUUUGAAGUCAAAGGGACUGUCUGCAUCAGGCAGGAAAGCCGACCUGACUGACCGGGUAGCGGAGUGGUUUGGUUCUCAUUGA